AUGCGCCCUGAUAAGCCUCGUGACCCCGUUGCUGGGCCUGAUGCUGGCCCGGAGAACCCGUACCCCGUGCGAUUGUCGGGGCCAGUGAUUAAGGGAUUUGGACGGGGGAGCAAGGAUCUAGGAAUUCCUACAGCCAAUAUCCCCGCCGACGAUCUGUCCGAGCAGCACCCCGAGUUGACUUCCGGUGUAUACUACGGCGUGGUUGCGCUUGACCCCCAGAACCUGUCGCAAGAGAAUGGCGCGACGAAUGGUGCGGAGAAGUCGAACUCUGCGACCCUUUUGCCCGCCGUGUUGAGCAUUGGGUAUAACCCGUUCUAUAAGAAUACCGUGCGGUCGGUGGAAAUCCACAUCAUGCCCCCUCUCACACAACCCUCCCCGACAGCCGUUGCACAGCCCAAAUUCAACCGUCUGCCUGAUUUCUACGGCACCCAGCUUAACCUCUUGAUCCUUGGAUACAUUCGUCCCGAAUACGACUAUGUCUCCCUGGAUGCUUUGAUUGAGGAUAUCCGGAUUGACUGCGAGGUCGCGCGACAGAGUCUUCUGCGUGAGGCGUAUCAGCAAUAUAUCGCGGAUGACGGGAAGACAUCCGGGCAGGUCAAUGAGGACCGGAAGUGGCUGGCAACGUUUGAUGGGGCCAGCGCGAAGAUUUGA